AUGUGCUCUUGCCUGUUGACCUUUGGGGCCCUGUGGUGGGCACAGAAGGUGCUGCUUCUGCUGCGCCUUGAUUUCAGGAGAGGCAAGGGCAGCAAUGAUGAUGCUAAUGCUGAGGAUGGAGCUAGACUGUCUUAGCUGUUUGUUGCUGCCUUGUUAAAAAUCUCUUCCACUCCAACCCUCCCUUUUGCCAGAAGAAGCAAGGAAGGUAAGCAGAAGAGAAGAGGGAAUGCCUGUCCACCAGCAGGAUCCAGUGGGAGAACUGAGCAGGGCAGAGCCAGUAUCAUGAAGGCUGUCUCGGGAGAGCAGACUCUGGCUGAAGAGAGAAAGCUCAGGAUGCCCAGCUGCAUCCUAAAGCUGACCAGGGUGGUGCUGAGCCACAAGCCCUGUGCCCUUUUUACCCUCAUCUUUGUGUUCGUAGCCCUUGCCUACCACAAGCUGUACUGGGGCAUUGGGGAGGACCCAAAGAGCAGCAGCCCCACCUCCGGCUUGUCUGCUGAGAUGAGCUGUGCUCACUAUGUGCCUUCUGCCCUCAACAUGGCUGGUGGGCCCUCUCCUUCCACAGGAAAUGUGUUUUUUGUGGAGACCUCGGAGCAAACUGCCCCAAGUUACCUGUUCUCCUGCUCUGUGGAGUCAGCAGCCAGGACACACCCUGCAUCAAGAGUCGUGGUGCUCAUGAAAGGCUUGGCCAAAGAGAAUGGCUCCUUGCCCAAGCACUGGGCUUUCUCCUUGCUCAGCUGCUUCCCCAACGUGGAAAUCCUGCCUCUGGACCUCAAAGAACUCUUUUCUGGAACACCUCUGGAACAGUGGUUUCUGCAGCCUCAGCGGCAACAAGAACCUCAUUUUUUACAUGUCCUCUCUGAUGCCUGCAGAAUUGUCCUCAUGUGGAAAUUUGGUGGCAUCUACCUGGAUACAGACUUCAUUGUGCUUAAAAACUUACAGAACCUCACCAAUGCCCUUGGCAUUCAGGGUGACAGUGUACUGAAUGGAGCCUUUCUGUCCUUUGAGGCCAAGCACAAAUUCAUGGAGCUUUGCAUGCAGGACUUUGUGCAGAAUUAUAAUGGCUGGGUCUGGGGGCACCAAGGCCCGGAGCUCCUAACUCGUGUCUUCAAGAAUUGGUGCUCCCUCGGGACUAUCAAGAGCAUGAGCUGCAAAGGUGUGAAUGCUCUUGCCCAAGAAAUUGUUUAUCCUAUUCCCUGGCAGAACUGGGAGCAGUUGUUUGAGGCAGUCAGUGCCUUGGAGCUUCAGAAACUCCUUAAGAACACCUAUGCAGUGCACAUAUGGAAUAAACUGAGCCACGGGACCAAGUUAGAGAUCCCCUCCCAGGCUCUGCUGGCUCAGCUCUAUUCCCAGUUCUGCCCUGCCACCUACGCAAAGAUGAAGCAGGACUCUGAAGAGUUGUCGAGGCGUGCAGUGUGA